GUAGUGCGGCUGCGUGGUGUGUGUGUGUGGGAGGUGUGUUAUCCUUGUGUAACACUUGUGCUGUGGCUAUAACACACCCCCUGACAUAGAAGACAACUUUACUGCUGCUCCCUAUAGCGCCCUCUGUGGCCAUGGCAGGUCUCACAGCCUUUUCUUUCACGGCUCUGCUGACAUUGCCACAACGUAUAGGAGCCAUGUAUGUAUGUGUGUGUGAUCAGAAGGUUUGAGAUGCUGAAGACGGAAGGGAUUUAGAUUUAACUCUUCUUUUACCCACCUGCUUCAGAGGAGAUCAUUCACUCUGACAGCACAUAGCCAGACCAGCUUACAAAUGUCUCCUACAAGGUUAAAGUGUGGGAUUUUGUGUUCUCUUCCAUAAGCAGCCAUAAAAUGAGCUCCAUUGCUGACAGAGAUGACGGGAGUAAUUUUGAUGGACUUGUGGAAGAAGAUGACAGAGAUAAAGCAAAACGGGUGUCUCGGAACAAGUCUGAGAAAAAGCGUAGAGACCAGUUUAAUGUCCUUAUUAAGGAGCUUGGCUCUAUGCUACCAGGAAAUGCCCGGAAGAUGGAUAAAUCCACAGUGUUACAAAAAAGUAUUGAUUUUCUGCGGAAACACAAAGAAAUUAGUGCACAGUCAGAUGCCAGUGAAAUUCGACAAGACUGGAAGCCUGCGUUCCUUAGCAACGAAGAGUUUACACAACUCAUGUUGGAAGCCCUGGAUGGUUUUUUUCUGGCGGUUAUGACUGAUGGAAAUAUCAUCUAUGUAUCAGAGAGUGUUACACCUUUACUUGAACACUUACCUUCUGAUCUUGUCGAUCAGAGUAUAUUUAAUUUUAUCCCCGAAGGGGAACAUUCAGAAAUCUAUAAAAUCCUCUCUACGCAGAUGGUGGAAAAUUCUUCUUUGGGUUCAGAUUAUCUAAAAACAAAAAAUGAACUUGAAUUCUGUUGCCACAUGUUGAGGGGAGCAGUGGACCCAAAAGAGCCAGCCACAUAUGAAUUUGUAAAAUGCAUUGGAAAUUUCAAGUCCUUAAACAAUGUGUCGAACUCAACACACAAUGGCUUUGAUGGGGCAUUACAAAGGUCACUCAGGCCCUCGUAUGAAGAGAGAGUGUGUUUUGUAGCGACUGUACGGCUGGCUACACCUCAGUUCAUUAAGGAAAUGUGCACUGUGGAGGAACCUUAUGAGGAGUUUACAUCAAGACACAGCUUGGAGUGGAAGUUCCUCUUCCUGGACCACAGGGCACCACCUAUAAUAGGAUAUUUGCCUUUCGAGGUGCUGGGCACUUCUGGCUAUGAUUACUAUCACGUGGAUGACUUGGAGAAUCUUGCAAAGUGCCAUGAACAUUUAAUGCAGUAUGGGAAAGGCAAGUCUUGUUACUAUAGGUUUCUGACCAAAGGACAGCAGUGGAUAUGGUUGCAGACUCGAUACUAUAUCACCUACCACCAAUGGAAUUCCAGACCAGAGUUCAUUGUGUGCACACACACUGUUGUAAGCUAUGCUGAGGUUGGCUCAGAGAGGAGGCGUGAGCUUGGUAUUGAAGAUUCUCCACCGGCGAUCAUCUCGGAUAAAAAUCAGGACAAUGUCUCAGACAAUCACAUGAAUAAGGAGAGUCUAAAGGAUGCCUUGGAUAGGUUUGAUGACAGCAGGACGCCAUCUCCGUCAUCCAAGAGUUCCAUCAAGUCCUCUUCUCACACAGCAGUUUCUGAUCCAUCAUCUACACCUACCAAGAUUCCAACAGACACCAGUACACCUCCACGACAAGCUCUGUCAGGCUUUGACAAGAGGCGUUCAUCCAUCAGCAGCCAGUCAAUAAGCUCACAGUCUCUUAACCAGUCACUGUCACAGCCAGUACAGAAGCAACCAUCUCCUGCCAUUCACUUACAGACCGGGAUAAGUCAGCCCAUAUUUCAGUUUACGGCACAGUUUGGAGCCAUGAAGCACCUGAAGGAUCAGUUGGAGCAAAGAACACGCAUCAUAGAGGAGAAUAUUCACCGGCAGCAAGAGGAAUUACGGAAGAUUCAGGAGCAGCUGCAGAUGGUCCACGGUCAGGGUUUCCAGAUGUUUCUGCAGCAAUCUACUCCUGGCAUAAACUUUGGACCGGUGCAGGUUUCAUCAGGAAACAGCUCAAACAUGCAGCAACUACCCCAGCUGACCAUGCAAGGCCAAGUGGUGCAGACUAACCAGCUGCAGGGGGGUAUGAACCCCAGCCACAUGGGAGCUCCGCACAUGCUCCAGCAGCAGCCUCUUCAAAACACUAGUCAGGGCCAGCAAAACCUACAGGGUGGACAUUCUCAGCAGACAACUAUGUCCAACCAGGCACCAUUGUACAACACUAUGGUAAUCUCUCAACCAUCCUCUGCUAAUAUGGUGCAGAUGCCAUCCAACAUGCAGCAGAGUAACCAAGGAGCUGCUGUUACCACAUUUCCCCAAGACAGACAAAUCAGGUUUUCACAAGCGCAACAGAUAGUAACCAAACUUGUGACUACACCAGUGGCUUGUGGAGCGGUCAUGGUUCCAAGCACAAUGUUUAUGGGGCCGGUAGUAACUGCAUACCCAACAUUUGCAACACAGCAGCAACAACCACAGACCAUUUCCAUUACCCAGCAACAGCAGAGCCAGCAAGAGCAAUCGCAGCAGCUACCUUCUGUGCAACAACAGCAAGCUCAGGCACAGCUAGGCCAGCAGCCGCAACAGUUCUUACAGGCCUCCAGGCUAGUUCAUGGGAACCAGUCUGCACAGCUCAUCCUCUCAUCUUUUCCUGUACAACAAGGCACCUUUGCUCCAUCUCACCAGCAGCAGUUAACACGGCAUAGGACUGACAGCAUGAGCGAUCCUUCUAAAGUCCAGCAGUUGUAGAAAUGACUUUUUGGUGGCCAUUUUACAGGGAAUGGUGAUGGAAGGCUCAAAGAACAAUAUUGAGAUGAUCACUACUAAAGUAACACAAUGAAUGUUGGUACGCGUUGGAGUUCAUUCACUGGGAGCUGAUGCUUAUCUGAGAUGUUGUGCAGCUCUGCUGUGAUUCACAUAUGACAUGUGAUCAGUGUGGGGGAAUUAUUUUUUUUAAUAUUCUUUGGUCCUAGAGAUGCUUGCAAACUUCCACUUCUCUGCAGUAACACAACAGCGUGUUCUGUGAUUGUUUUGGUUUUUCCCACAUACUUUUAUCAUACAUUUUUAUAUAUGCCAGUUUGUAGUUUUACUAAAUACUACUUAUGUACACACUUGUGGAACCCUCUGUGUUUAUCUCUUACAUGGACUUAUUCAGGUAUGCCCCUUUGACUGGUGUUGUAUUUAGGGUAAAUUCCCAUGUGAUGAAAAUGUUGUCUGUUUUUGUUGCAGAUUUGCCCCCAAAAAAUCAAAAGCACAAUGCAGUAGCAGAUAAGAGACCAAUGAGAGAGUGAUUUUAUUUUGUGGUAAAAACAAAUAUUUUGUCUAACCCUUGACAAGGUCUAUUCUUUCCCUGUCUCAUCUCUGUCCCUCCUUGAUUGACAGUCAGGCGGAAGUCGAGCCCAGUUUCCAAAUCUUGCACCUGUGCACAAUUUGUAUGCACAGCACAGGAACAAGAUUUGGAAACAGGACUCUGCUUCCAGCUGAUGAUCAGUCAAGCAUGGAUGGGAGGAGAAAAAGAGCAAGGAGGCUUUCCCACCCUCAGCGCUUUGGAAUGCCGAUUUGAUUUUUGGCACAAGAUAAUAAAAAGCAUUUUUCUACACUAUGGAAGCACGGACAGAUAUGUGAAAGGCACAAUGUGUCUCCUUUUCCUAACCACUAUAUAACAGUGUCAGCAGUUUGGAACAUGAACUGCAGCUGUCUGCUUUCCUGGAUAUUUAAGCUCGAGUUCAGGCUUCUUCGAUGAUCAUUUUUUCAGAAUCACCUUACUGGUUAUUUAACAUUAAUUUAUAUACUGCUCAAAAAAACUAAGGGAACACUUAAACAACACAAUGUAACUCCAGGUAAAUCACACUUCUAUGAAAUCACACUGUCCACUCAGGAAGCAACACUGAUUGACCAUCACUUUCACAUGCUGUUGUGCAAAUGGAACAGACAACAGGUGGAAAUUAUAGGCAAUUAGCAAGACACCCCCAAUAAAGGAGUGGUUCUACAGGUGGUGAUCACAGACCACUUCUCAGUUCCUAUGCUUCCUGGCUAGUGUUUUGGUCACUUUUGAAUGCUGGCGGUGCUCAGGUGGCUCAGGUAGUGCAGCUCAUCCAGAAUGGCACAUCAAUGCGAGCUGUGGCAAGAAGUUUGCGGUGUCUGUCAGCGUAGUGUCCAGAGCAUGAAGGCGCUACCAGGAGACAGGCCAGUACAUCAGGAGACAUGGUGGAGGCAGUAGGAGGUCAACAACCCGGCAGCAGGACCGCUACCUCUGCCUUUAUGCAAGGAGGAGCACUGCCAGUGCCCUGCAAAAUGACAUGUCUCCACUCAGACGGUCAGAAACAGACUCCAUGACGGUAGUAUGAAGGCCGACAUCCACAGGUGAGAGUUGUGCUUACAGCCCAACACCAUGCAGGGCAUUUGGCAUUUGCCAGAGAACACCAAGAUUGGCAAAUUCACCACUAGCGCCCUGUGCUCUUCACAGAUGAAAGCCGGUUCACACUGAGCACAUGUGACAGACGUGACAGAGUCUGGAGACACCGUGGAGAACGUUCUGCUGCCUGCAACAUCCUCCACCAUGAACGGUUUGGUGGUGGGUCAGUAAUAGUGUGGAGUGGCAUUUCUUUGGUGGGCCGUACAGCCCUCCAUGUGCUUGCCAGAGGUUGCCUGACUGCCAUUAGGUACCAAGAUGAGAUCCUCAGACCCCUUGUGAGACCAUAUGCUGGUGCGGUUGGCCCUGGGUUCCUCCUAAUGCAAGACAAUGCUAGACCUCAUGUGGCUGGAGUGUGUUAGCAGUUCCUGCAAGAGGAAGGCUUUGAUGCUCUGGACUAGCCCGCCCGUUCCCCAGACCUGAUUCCGAUUGAGCACAUCUGGGACAUGAUGUCUCGCUCCAUCCACCAACGCCACAUUGCACCACAGACUGUCCAGGAGUUGGCAGAUGCUUUAGUCCUGGUCUGGGAGGACAUUCCUCAGGAGACCAUCUGCCACCUCAUCAGGAGCAUGCCCAGGCAUUGUAGGCAGGUCAUACGGGCACAUGGAGGCCACACACACUACUGAGCCUGAUUUUGACUUGUUAUAAGGACAUUACAUCAAAGUUGGAUCAGCCUGUAGUGUGGUUUUCCACUUUGAUUUUGAGUGUGACUCCAUAUCCAGACCUCCAUGGGUUGAUAAAUUUGAUUUCCAUUGAUAAUUUUUGUGUGAUUUUGUUGUCAGCACAUUCAACUAUGUAAAGACGAAAGUAUUUCAUACGAUUAGUUCAUUCAUUCAGAUCUAGGAUGUGUUAUCUUAGUGUUCCCUUUAUUUUUUUGAGCAGUGUAUUUGGUGUGGCAUAGUGCGGUGAUGUCAUCUGAGCAUUUCACAAAGUGUGAGUGGCUGAGGUAGAUACAUAGUGGUGAAUAAAAACACUGAUGGAACCUUUGCAGUACAGCAAGGAAGCAGACCACCAGAGGUCAAAGUAUUGCUGGGCAUUGAAGCUCAUGUGUAAGUGACCUUCUUGCUUCCUUUCUAUAAUUUGUCUCGCCAGUAACAGGUUAGUGUUAUUCUUUAAAUAAGCACUGUCCUUAAAAUAUUUUUUUUUUACAUAUGAUACAGCAGGUAAAAUAGAUAAGAUUUGUAAUUUACUCCCUUUAAAAAAAUAAAAAUGUAUUUUUAUGUCCUUUUCAUGGCCUUAUAAAUCUGGCCACUAGGGGGUCUCCCUUCUGGUCCAGACUGCAUUUUAUCUGCUCAAAAGCAUAGACUUUGCUCUCCUGCUGGAUUGGCAGGACACCAAACUCAGGAAGUGCUGUCUGGCCAUAGGCAGUGAAUAGCACUCGCUCUCUGCCUGUGUGUGAAACGAGCGAGUGCGAUUCACGGUCUAUGGCAAGACAGCACUUCCAUUACCUGCUCUAUCAUAUGCAAAAAAUAAUAAUUUUAAUGACUGUGCCCAUUUAAGGAGGUUCGGGAGUUGCAUCAUUUUAGUCACGUCUACAUCAGUGAAGGGAGCCAUGGACUAGGGCACUGUUUCCCAACCUUAGUGCCUCCAGUUGUCGCAAAACUAAGACUCCCAGCAUGGCCUUUGGCUGUCCGGGCAUUUGGGUAGUUGUAGUUUUGGGAGAGCCGAAGGCACCCUUGUUGGGAAACACUAGACUAGUACAUUAAGAGAAGGAAGGGAGGGUGAGACCAGCUUUAUGGGGAACAUCUUCUGAACUUGUGAGUUUUGCAGUUUCACAAGAAGAAAGGUCAUGAAAAUACAGUAACGUGUUACAAAAAUCAGCCAUACUGCAACCUAAACAUUUCUAGGUACGUACAUACUUAUCUAAAUAUAUUCUGUGACACAAUUACACAUGCUUUUAUGUAAAUGCUGCACCAUGGCCAUCGUGUGCUAAAGCCCUACCCUAUAAAGUUGUAUUUUCGGCUAUGUGAUUUUGUGUUAGGUCUUAGGCUGGGUUUACAUCAGCGCUCGGAGCUCCUUUGGCUGCUUCCAUUAUAAUGACGGGACAUAAGCAGUGAAAAAAAACCUGCAUGUCAUUUUUUUUCUUCCCCGCUAAAAUCAUGUAAAAUAAUGUGUAUCUAAUGGAACCCUGACUGACACCAUUCAUAGUGAAAAUGACCUGUCAGUUUCCAUUGAUGCCCGCUGUCGCAACCUCUGUCGAGCCCUGUUAUCAGCUGUGUGAACAUAGCCUUAAAACCUUCCACCUCAAAACCUUGUGGUCUCAAUUGCAAGAAUCUCUAGAACCAAAGAUUGCGGCGAUGACAGAUCAGUCGGCAUGUUGCCACGUUUGAUAACCUAAGAAAAGUGUAAUCAAUUUUAUUACCGUAAUAAUUUUUUUUUUUUUACCACAUAACACUAUUUUGAGGAUGUUUUGAAGAUUCCUGGUUGUAUAGAAGGUGUAAAAUAUUCUGUAAAUAUUUACAUAUAUAUAUGGAUAAUAUAAAAAUAACAAUUUUAUAUGCUGCAUGGCUGUAGGUUUUUUUUUUUUUUUCUGAUCCUGAAUUUUGCCAUUCCACCCCUUGUUUUUUUUGUAUACUUUUGGUUAUGACUUCAUGUAUUAUAAUUUUGCCGUGUGGUACUAUGUCAUCAUAUGAUGCAAUGUUGUUUGUUUAGUAUGCUUGUGCAUUGUAUUUUCGUUUUUUUUUUCAGUUUUUUGUUUUUUCUUCUUUUUAAGGGUAAUUUAUGAAAAUAUCAACUUUUACAACCAACCCUGUUUUUACUAUUGCUCAUACUACUAUCCCUAAGACUCAUAUGGUUUAUCUGUUAAUAUGUUGAAAUUUGCACUUUUUGUUUCCUGAUGGUGUAAAAACUUACCUCUCAGAAGCUAUUUUUUAUGUAUCGGGAGAGAUAUUUUAAUCAGAGAAUUUUAAGAAACUACAUAUUGAAAGUUCCGUUCUAGGAGUGAUUUGCACAAAAAAAAAAAAAAAAACUAUACAGUCAUGGCCGUAAAUGUUGGCACCCCUGACA